CUCCGGGGCGGGGCCUCCCCCCCUAAAAGGGGCCCCGUCCCCGUCCCGGCCCCAUUUGGACCUCGCGCCCCGGCGGGAUGCGACCCCAGAGAGGCGGUCGCCCCCCGGCGUCGCCCCCCCAGACGGUGAAGCAGCUGCUGAAGGUGCUGCGGCAGCAGCAGGGCGCCGGCGACCGGCCCCCCCCGGGCACAGCUGUGUCCCCCCUGCUCCCCCCGGCUGGUCCCUCUGUCCCAGUGGCCCCAGCUCCGGCCCCCCCCGCUGCCACCUGGUCCGGGGCCCCCUCAGCUGCCCCCAGUGCCGGGGCCUGUGGGGUCCCUGCUGUCCCCCACGGUGGCCCGGGGGGACCCUAUGGGGCCGCGAUGCCCAACCCGGGGGGCUGCCAGGCCGCCGCCCCCUUCGGGCCCCCCGGCCCCGCCUGGGCCCUGCCAGCGCCGGGGGGCUCUUUGGGGCCCGGGGGGGCCCCGCUGGGGCCGUUGCCGGACCCCGACCCCGAUCCCGAGCCGGCGCCGGGGGAGCUGGCGGCCGCCCGCGCCGCCGUCCGGGCCAUGGACCCCCGGGAGCUGCUGCGGCAGGACGAGGAGGGCGACACGCUGCUGCACGUGCUCUGUGCCCGGGGGCUGCGGGCGCCGGCCCGGGCGGCCGCCGAGGCCUUCGAGGCCCUGGGGCAGCUGGAGCUGCGGGAGCAUCGCGGGAAGACCCCGCUGCUGGUGGCGGGGGCGGCGGCGGCGGCCGGGGUGGUCGGGGACCUGCUGGCGCUGGGGGCCGACGCCGACGCCGCCGACCACCGGGGCCGGACCCUGCUCCACCUGGCCGCUACCUACGGGCUGCCCCGCGUCCUCCGGGCCGUGAUGGCGUCCGGGGUCCCCGUGAACGUGGAGGCGAGAAACUUCGAAGGCCAGACCCCCCUGCACUGCGCCGUGCUCUCCCACAAUGCCUCGCUGCGGGCGGGGGGGGGCGGCGGCGGCGGGACCCCCCAGGACCGGCUGCUCUGCGUGGAGCUGCUGCUGCGCAUGGGGGCCGACUGCGCCAGCCAGGACAUGAAGAGCAGCCAGACGGUGCUGCACUUGGCCGUGCGGGGGGGGAACCUGGCCCUCGCCCACCUCCUGCUCCGGCAGCCCGGGGCGGCCCCCCGCCUCGUCAACGCGAAGGCGCACGGCAACACCCCCCUGCACAUGGCGGCGGCGCUGCCGGGGGGGCCCAGCCAGGAGCCCCUGGUGCGGCUGCUGCUGGCCUGGGGGGCCGACGCCGGCGCCCGCAACCUCGAGCACGACCUGCCCCACGGCCUGCUGCCCCCCGGCCCCCCCGGCGACCAGCUCCGCCUCCUCCUGAAGAGCCGCCGCACCGCCCGCCGCCCCUCCCCCGCCUCCUAGGGGCACCCGGAAGUGACGUCAGAGGGGGGGGGGACACGCCCCCAAAAUGGGGGAGGGGCCCAAACUACCCCUGCUCUGAUCUACCAGGGUGGGGGGCACCCGGACGCCUGGGCCCCUCCCAGCAUGAAGGGGGUUCCCCUCCCCCCACAGGGGGGCCCAGGCAUCCGAGGCGCCUCGUUUUCCUCGAUUUCCGUGAAAUCUGACAUUUUGGGGUGGGAGGGGGUGAGGGGGGGGCGGAGCUUCCCCCGAGGGGCCCAGGCGUCCGAGUCCCGCCCCCCUCCCUCCCCCCCAUUUCUGUGAAAUGAAUCUCUGAACCACAUUGGUUUUUUUGGGGGGGGGGAACGUAAAAAUAGGGGGGUGCCCAAGGGACCCAGGCGUCCGGGCACCCCCUCCCCCCCCCUUGAGGGGCGUUGCCCCUUUCAGACAGAAGUUGUUGCCCCUUUAAGGGGGGCGUUGCCCCUUUAAGAAGGAGGGCGUGGCCCCUAUAAUAGGGCGUUGCCCCUUUAAGCAGGGCGUUGCCCUUUUAAGGAGGGCGUGGCCUCUUUAAGGGGGCGUGGCCCUUUCAUGAAGGAGACCACCGUCCCUUUAAGACUGGGGUUGUUGCCCCUUUAAGAAGGAGGGCGUUGCCCCUUUAAACAGGAGAGCGUUGCCCCUUUAAGAAGGGGGGACCACCCCAUGGCCUCAGUGGGGGCGGGGCUGCCGUGUAGCCCCGCCCCCUCCCUAUUGACCCUCCCCCCAAAUUUGGGGGUGGAGACCCCCAAAGGGGGGGAGGGGGAGACCUGGCUCGUUAAUGAGGUGCCUAAUUAGGGGGGGAGGGGCUUAAAGGGGCCCCCCUCCAAGGGGGGGGUCCCAC